AAGAAUGCUACCUCAAAUACAUAAUGGAUUACAAAAUAAUCCAAUGGAACUGUCAUGGUUUUCGCAACAACAACUCUGACAUUAAACACUUGACAUCCUCUACUUCAACUCUCUGCGUGGCACUCCAGGAAACCCAUCUGAAACCUGGAGAAAGAAUUACUUUAAAAGGAUUCAAUCUCUAUUGCAAGGAUGAUGAUAGCCACAACCGUGCCAGUGGCGGUGUGGCUAUUCUGGUUGCAAAUCGCAUUUCAUUUUUAUCAGUAUAAAUAACAACAGAGCUGCUAGCUGUGGCAGUCAGAAUAUCUGUUGGAGUAACUGUCACAGUUUGUUCUAUAUACUUGCCACCAGAUGUCAGAGUCAAUGAGAAUGAACUGGAUGCCUUGGUUGAACAGCUGCCAACACCAUUCCUUUUACUGGGUGACAUCAAUGGCCACAAUCCUAUGUGGGGCAGUCCCGACAUUAAUCGUCGAGGCAGGGCCAUUGAAAGAUUCAUUGGCAAUCAGCAACUGUAUUUAUUUAAUACUGGCGAAGUUACAUACUUCCAUGUUCCAACAAGAACAUUCACUGCUAUUGAUCUAUCAUUAGCAACUCUGAAUCUGUUUUCAGCAUUAACAUGGGAGGCUGGAUCUAAUUUACUUUCUAGUGACCACUUCCCAAUAUUUCUAAAAUACCGAGGGAGAGAAAGCUGUGAAGCAGCCCGUCCAUUACGCUGGAAACUGGAAACGGCAGAUUGGCCUGCAUUUUCCUCUUUGGCUAACAUUACUGAGGAAAUGGUAAAUACUGCUGAUAUCAAUGAUGCAGUUGAAGUUGUCACUUUGUGUAUUAUUCAGGCAGCUGAGAAAACAAUGGGAAAGACAUCAACAAGAUACCCAAAGCAUCCGAAACCAUGGUGUAACCAGAAUUGCGAGGCAGCAUUUAAAGCACAAAAGAAAGCUUGGGGGAUUUUCAGAAGGUACCCCACUACAAACAAUUUUAUUGCUUUCCAAAAAGCAAAGGCAAAUGCCAGAAGAAUAAGAAGGCAAUGCCAAAGGGAUUUUUGGAGGAAGUAUGUUUCUAGCAUAACAUCAUCCACUUGCUCAAAAGCAGUCUGGGAUAAAAUCUAUAAAAUUAAUGGGAAAUAUGCUUUUCACUCUCUGUCCAUGCUGUAA